AUGCGCUCCAACAGCAUCUCGUCCAUCUCGUCCAUCUCAUCUCUGGCCUCGCGCUGUUCGUCAGCAGAGCCCGAGUCCACUAUGCAAAUCUUUAUCAAGAACAUUGCCGGCAAUACCUUCGCCCUUGAGGUUCCCGAGUCCACUUCGAUAGCGACACUCUCAUCUCUGCUCGCCAUCCGCACGAAUCUUCCUGCUCAGGACAUGCGCCUCGUGUAUGCUGGCAAGCAUCUCGAUACCUCGUCAAACACAUUGUCGGACUACAACAUCGGCCGUGAAAGCACAUUACACUUGGCACUUCCGUUGCGAGGCGGAGCACCCAAGAAGAUCCGCUGUCAGUUCAAGGAUUGUAAGGACGCCGCCCAGCGUAUUGUCGGAGACUGCGGGUUCUGCAACGGGCACUUCUGUGGCAAGCACCGUAUGCUCGAGAGUCAUGCAUGCAGUGGACUUGAGACAUGCAAGGAAGAAGAGAAGCAGCGCAACCGCGAGCGCCUCGAGAAGGAGAGGACCGUUGCUAUUAAAGGCAUCUAA